UUGGGAUUUCAUAGCCAAUAUGGUUAUAUUGACAAUGUUACUGCAAUCUUCAUUGUGUGCGUUUACAGAAAUUUUAACGCUAUCGAGAUUCUGCUUGAUUGUCGAGGUGACGAAAUUGUUGCUGUAGAUAUGAUACGGCCUGGCGAUGGCCGAGGAAGCCUUCCUCUCCACUGGGCUGCUCGAAAUCGAUUGCAUUUUCAAAUGAGCCUUCAAGAUAGGGUCCAAAACGCGACAAGGGUUAUUGAUUUUCUCUUGGAUAUCGAUCCUACGACAAUUAACGUCCAGGAUAAUGAGGGAAACACGCCUUUAUAUUAUGCCGCCCAAAAUCAUGGUCAAAGGAGCAAGCAGUAUACAACUAUCCUUAAAUUACUAUGCAACAGGGGCGCAGAUGUAAGCAUACGCAACAACAAGAGCGAAACGCCUCUACAUACCUUCUUCUUCUGCGGCAGUAAUUAUAAGCCCUUUGACACAGAUGCUAUAGCUAUUCUACUAGCCUACGGCGCAAAGGUCACAGAUAAAAAUGAUAAUGGCAACACACCCUUGCAUCUUGCCUCUUCUAACCUGAAUCAAGUAUAUGCUAUCUCACUUCUGCUCCGGCAGGGCGCCAAUCCUGCUAUGAGGAAUUCGAAACUCGAAACGCCCUUUUACAGAGCUACUGGUGGUAGUUUCUGUCGAGUAAAGGACAUCACCAGAAUGGCAGCGGAAAAAACAGAAGCGCAAGAGGAUAUUUUGGCGAAACUGGUGGAGCUUGGAGGGACUACAUUGAUGGACCUGCCAAAUGCGGAGGGAAAGUAA